AUGGAACCAAGCAAUACCUCGAGGAAUUCGGAAUUUCUCCUGCAGGGAUUUUUAGUGGAGGCAAAACUCCAGCCUCUCAUCUUUGGGGUGUUCCUGUCCAUGUACCUCAUCACAGUGCUGGGGAACCUGCUCAUCGUCCUGGCCACCAUCUCUGACCCCCACCUCCACACACCCAUGUACUUCUUCCUCUCCAAUCUGUCCUUGGUGGAUGUUUGUUACACCUCCACCACCGUCCCCAAGGUGCUGGCCAACAUCCAGACCCAGAGCCGUGCUAUCACUUAUGGCGGCUGCUUUGCCCAGAUGUUCUUCGUCAUCCUCUUUGCCGGUCUGGACAACUUCCUCCUGACCGUCAUGGCUUAUGACCGCUUUGUGGCCAUCUGCCACCCCCUGCAUUAUAUGGUCAUCAUGCAUCCCCGGCUAUGUGGGCUGCUGGUUCUGGGCUCUUGGGUGCUAAGUGCCCUGCAUUCUUCACUCCAAAUUCUCCUGGCCAUGCAACUCACCUAUCGUGCCAACAUGGAAAUCCCCCAUUUCUUCUGUGAAUUAUACCAGGUGGUCCGGGGGGCAUGUUCUGACACCUUCUGGAACGUGGUGGUGAUGUACUUGGCGGCGGCCUUGCUUGGGGUGGGGCCCCUGGCUGGGAUCCUUUAUUCCUAUUCCAAGAUUGUCACCUCCAUCCGGGGCAUUGCAUCUGCUCAGGGCAAGUAUAAAGCCUUUUCCACCUGUGCCUCUCACCUGUCCGUGGUCUCCCUAUUCUAUAGUACCAUCUUAGGGGUGUACCUGAGUGCCGCCGCCACGCACAACUCACAGUCGAGUUCAGCUGCCUCUGUGAUGUAUGCGGUGGUCACCCCCAUGCUGAACCCCUUCAUCUACAGCCUGAGGAACAAAGACAUCAAGAGAGCUCUCAACAGUGUCUUUGCCGUGGCAGUUGGAAAACGCUCGAUGACCUUGGCGCUGAAGGAUUGUCCUUGA